ACGUGAGCCUUUUACUUCGAUGUGCCUAAUAUCUUGUAGUAAUAUAGCCAUAAUCAUAUUAGGAAAUUAUAAUUGUUUUUUGAAAUAUUUUGAUAAUAUCAUUCAUUAGUGUUUUAUUUAGUAUAUGAAAUAAUUAUGGAUUAAUCUUGACAGUGUAAAUUCAUGGUAUUUAUAGUUUCUGCUGAUAACUUGUAUAUUAUCAAAAUGGCGUCAGCCGAACAGGUCGGUCUUAACAAAACUUGGGAAUUAUCACUUUAUGAAUUACAUCGGACGCCUCAGGAUGCAAUUACUGACAGUACUGAGAUCGCGGUUAGUCCGCGAAGCUUACACAGUGAACUUAUGUGCCCAAUUUGUUUGGAUAUGCUUAAAAAGACCAUGACUACCAAGGAGUGCCUCCAUCGUUUUUGUUCCGAUUGCAUUAUUACUGCACUUCGAAGCGGUAACAAGGAAUGUCCAACUUGUAGAAAAAAAUUAGUUUCUAAACGUUCCUUGAGACCAGAUCCAAACUUUGAUUUGUUAAUUUCAAAAAUAUAUCCCAGCAGAGAUGAAUAUGAAGCACAUCAAGAAAGAGUUUUAGCUAAAUUAAACAAAUCACAUUCCCAGGCUGCCUUAGUAAACUCUAUUACAGAAGGUAUCAAGUUACAAAGUCAAAAUCGACCACAACGUUCAAGAAAAAACGCAAAUGAAUCUGAAAAUACAAGUAAUGCGACUUCGUAUAAUAAUACCCCAAAUGUUAGUGCACCCACAACGCCAAAUCCUUCUACAAAUGCUGCAAAUCAAAGUGAUUCUUCGCAAAGUGCUACAGGACCACUAAUUACUAAUAAUGGUGGAGCUAGUAAUAGUUCGCAGAAUUCUACAAAUAUUUCUCAACCUGCAAGUAGUCCUGCGGUUUCAGGAACUACAUCUAGAAAUUCUACAACACCUUCACCAAAUCCAACGAACCAAAUUCCAAAGCCACCAAAACGACAAAAAAGUCUCCAAAACUCAGAGAACGAUUCUUCUAGUGCGGAGGCAGAAACAGGCGGUGGUGAUUCUAUGGUUGAUACGGAAGGAGAGGGUCCUAGUGAACCUUUGAUGCUUAAUGAGAUCGAACUUGUUUUCAAACCUCAUCCAACAGAAAUGACUGGAGACAAUUCAUUAAUAAAAGCGUUAAAGGAGAAUAGCAUUCGAUAUAUAAAAACUACAGCAAAUGCAACAGUUGAUCAUCUUAGUAAAUAUUUAGCAAUGCGGUUAACUUUGGACCUCGACACAGAAUUAUCAGAUUCAGAUAGGUUAGUGAAUUUUUGUAUUUAUAUAGCACCUUCGCCAGGACAGCUCGUCGUAUUGAGCGGAUCACAAACAUUACGACAAGUGAAUGACAAAUUCUGGCGAGUCAACAGACCAUUGGAAAUGUACUAUUCGUGGAAAAAAACCUAGGGAAGGCCUCAAAAAUAUCAAUCAGAUGGGGGCUAGUUGUAUCAUGCUCCAAAUCAAAAUUAAAACCUAGUUAUCAAGGGAAUUAUGUAGGACUGUUGUGAAAGAAAACACCUGAUGUAUUUUAUUAUAUUUAGUUAUAUUAUAUAACAGCUUUGAUACAACUUAAGGGAAAGGUAGAACACGAAAAGUGGUAUCUUCGUGUUUUUUUGACAGUGCAAUUUUUAAGAUAUUUUCAAAUGGUUCUUAAUGGUUAUGCUAUACGAGUUUUUGUACGAGAGAUUGUUAUGGCAACAUAUUUUUAAGUGAUAGAAUUAAAUUAGUACAUUGACGACGAUGAUUAGAUAAAAGAAAAGGAUGAGUGCAUCGCUAGUUGAUGGUCAUUGUUUUAUAUUUCUACAAGUAGUACUUGUAGGAUUCUAAUCUUGAUAUAUUUGAAAAGGUAUUACUUAUGCCACAUGUCAUAUACAUUUCUAUACUUGAGCAACGUCAAUGAUUAAUUAACUUAUUUCAUAAGCGAUGAACGAAUUGCUGUGGACCAUUAUGUACAGUUUUGUGAAGAAAAAGAAAACUAAAUAAAUCGAUGUAUAUAAGCGAGA